CCUUAACAAAUGACCUGUUUUCCACAAUUUGUACUGAAAUACACAUGUUUGGUAUCUGCAACAGGUUCUCAAAUAUGCACACAUGCCCCAUAAAUAUUAGGCAUGAAGACCAAAGGCAAGCAACAUCGAAACUGAUAGGGGAAUGCAUAAAACCGAAGUUCUUGAACAUAAAGACCAAGGCAACAGCGAUGGACAUAAAAGGGGAGUUGAAAUACAGAUAUGGCAUCAAAAUGAACUAUAUGAAAGCUUGGAGAAGUAAGGAACAUGCAGUAAACGACUUGAGAGGUAAUGCUAGUGACUCGUACAGCCUAAUACCGAGUUUCUUACACAUGGUGGAAAAAACAAACCCUGGAUCAUUUGUGGAUCUGAAAACGGCAGAAGACAACAGCUUGCUCUUUGUUUUCAUGGCGUUGGAUGCAUCCAUAAAAGGGUGGGGAGCAUGCAGACCGAUAGUUGUUGUGGACGGAACGUUCCUCAAAGCAGCUUAUGGGGGAACUUUGUUGUGCGCAUGCACACAAGAUGCAGCAGGUCAUAUUUUUCCACUAGCGUUUUGUGUUGCAGAUUCUGAGAAUGACCAAUCUUGGAAAUGGUUCUUCAAAAAAUUUAAAGAAGCGUAUGGGGUACGGGAACACCAAUGCCUAAUUUCAGACAGGAAUGAAAGCCUCAUCAAAGCAGCAAGAGAAAUCUAUCCAGAAAUUGCACACAGUUACUGCGGUUACCACAUUUUGAGCAACCUUAAAACAAGCUUCAAACAACAUGCUGCCAAAUACAAUCUGCCAUUCUUUGGAGCAGUCAAAGCCUACACAGAAAAGCAAUUCGAGUUCCACAUGGCUGAAUUGGAUGGAUUGGACAAACGCAUAAGACCUUACCUAAAAAAAAUCGGGUAUGAAAAGUGGUCAAGAAUUCAUAGCCAAAACAAGAGGUAUUCCACAAUGACCUCAAACAUAUCAGAAUCACUGAACGCUGCAAAUUUGGCAGCAAGGGAGCUACCAAUUACAACGCUGCUAGAAUGCUUGAGAGCAUUGGUGCAACAAUGGACGCAUACUAAUAGGACAAAAGCACACAACACCUUCACUAAGCUAUCACCAACUGGAGAAGACAUACUGUUGAAAAAUUACACAUACUCAUUGAAUCUGGAGGUAAAAUAUUAA